AUGAUGGAACAGCAAACCAACCCGUCCUUCGUCCUUCGAGCUGUCAAGGAUGUUGUUUUGGAGGACCGGUCAGUUCCAACUCUGAAAGAUCCGUGGGACGUGAGAGUCCAGAUUGCGCAGACUGGAAUCUGUGGAAGUGAUGUCCACUACUGGCAGCGUGGACGAAUUGGAGACUUCGUCCUUGAAUCUCCGAUUGUUCUCGGACACGAAAGCUCGGGCACAGUUGUAGAGGUUGGACCUGCAGUGAAGAAGCUCCAAGUUGGAGAUCGUGUCGCGAUCGAGCCAGGCGUCCCAUGCCGACAUUGUGAAUAUUGUCGGAGUGGCUCAUACAAUUUGUGUCCAGACACAGUCUUUGCGGCUACUCCACCUCACGAUGGAACUCUCUCCAAAUACUACAUCACUCAGGCUGACUUCUGCUAUCCGCUGGCAUCACACAUGGACUUUGAAGAGGGUGCGCUGGUCGAGCCAGUCGCAGUCGCAGUGCAGAUUACCAAAGUGGGCAAUACGGUCGUCGUGUUUGGAUGCGGGCCCAUCGGUCUGCUCUGUCAGGCAGUGAGCAAGGCAUACUCGGCUCGGAAAGUGAUCGGCGUGGAUAUCAGCCAGUCACGCGCAGAGUUUGCAAGCACAUUUGGUGCUGACGAUGUGUUUGUGCCACCCCCUAAGCCAGAGGGCAAGGACAACUGUGCUUGGAGCGAAGAGCUGGCACGGAUCAUGAAAGAGCAGUUUGAUUUGGGUGAAGGCCCAGACGUAGUACUUGAAGCUACUGGAGCGGAGGCAUGUAUCCAGACAGGAGUGCACUUGACCAAGAAAGGAGGUACCUACGUGCAAGCUGGAAUGGGGAAAGAGAAUAUCGUCUUCCCCAUCACCACUGCCUGCAUUCGUGACUUGACCAUCAGAGGCUCCAUCCGGUACACAGCCGGAUGCUACUCAACAGCCGUUGAUCUUAUUUCUAGUGGCAAGAUUGAUGUGAAGCGACUUAUCACUGAUCGAUACAAGUUUGAGCAGGCCGAGGAGGCCUUUGAACUCGUGCGGCAGGGAAAGGAGAGCGUUAUCAAACGUCGUGAACUCCGCAUAUAA